UUAACAUUUGAAAUCCAGAUUAAAUUCUGCUUUUCUAGGUUGGACAAUGCAAACCCACGCAUAAAAUGCUGAAAUAUGUCCUUUGGCAUUUGCCUUUCUGCAAAUACAACCGAAAAUUCCACCUUCCUUGCACCAUAUAAAAACAAACAUACUCUUGGAUGUCCUUAAUUCUCAUCUGCAACAUCACAUCUUUUUGGUAUUUUAUUUUUCUCCACCAUGGAGUCUCCCAGAAUUACUAUCAAAGUUAUCAUUUCUCUAUUUUGCUCUUAUAUGCUUUUGUCACAUUAUAUCACCACUUUGACCCCUGCCUUGGCUUUGGAAGACUGUCACUUUCCAGCAAUCUUUAACUUUGGAGACUCAAAUUCAGAUACUGGUGGAAUGGCUGCGGCCAUUUAUCGACCACCACCACCUUUUGGGAAAACCCAUUUUCAUACGCCGGCGGGAAGAUUCUCAGAUGGCAGGCUCAUAAUCGAUUUUCUUGCCAAGAGUCUUGGUCACCCCUUUCUAAGCGCAUAUCUGGAUUCAAUUGGGACCAACUUCUCGCAUGGUGCAAAUUUUGCCACUGCAUCUUCCACCAUCAGAUUGCCAGAGCCCAUUAUACCAGCUCCUGGUGGAUUUAGUCCCUUCACCCUCAAUAUCCAAUGCUCGCAGUUCUUGCAGCUAAAAUCCAGAUCACAACUCAUAAGGCAUCGAGGGGGAAUAUUUGCAAGUUUGAUGCCCAGGAAGAAGUAUUUUGCCAAAGCCUUAUACACAUUUGACAUUGGCCAGAAUGACCUUCCAGAAGGGUUUUUUGGUAAUUUGACUGUUCAAGAAGUCAAUGCAUCUGUUCCUGAUAUAGUCAGUACGUUCUCAGCAAAUAUUAAGAAAAUAUAUGAUUCGGGAGGGAGAUCAUUUUGGAUCCACAACACUGGGCCAAUUGGGUGUAUCCCUUACAUCUUAGUUAAUUUUCCAGCUCAAAAGGAUGAGGUUGGCUGUGCAAAGUUAUACAAUGAAGUAGCUCAGUAUUUUAACCACAAGCUGAAGGAGGCCACAGUUCAACUUAGGAAGGAUCUACCUUUGGCUGCAAUAACCUAUGUAGACAUAUAUUCAGUCAAAUACUCUCUUUACAAGGAACCCCAAAAAUAUGGGUUUGAGCAACCACUUGUUUCUUGUUGUGGCACUGGUGGCCAGUACAACUUUAAUAGUAAAACUGUUGAAUGUGGAAGAACAGUUACAGUUAAUGGAAGACAAAUAUUUGCUGACUCAUGCAAACGUCCUUAUGUUAAAGUGAACUGGGAUGGGAUUCAUUUUACUGAUGCAGCUGCCAAGAUUAUUUUCGAUAAAAUUUCAACUGGAGCAUUUUCCGAUCCACCCCUUCCUUUGAAGCAAGCAUGUCACAGGAGUUUGGAACAACUCAUACAUUGGGGCAUAUUUGCAAGUUUGAUGCCCAAGGAGAAGUAUUUCUCCAAAGCUUUAUACACAUUUGACAUUGGCCAGAAUGACCUUGGAGAAGGGAUCCUUGGUAACUUGACUGUUCAAGAAGUCAAUGCAUCGGUUUCUGAUCUAAUCAGUGGGUUCUCAUCAAAUAUUAAGAAAUUAUAUGAUUCGGGAGGGAGAUCAUUUUGGAUCCACAACACUGGGCCAAUUGGCUGUCUCCCAUACAUCGUAGUUAAUUUCCCAUCUCAAAAGGAUGAGGCUGGCUGUGCAAAGUUAUACAAUGAAGUAGCUCAGCAUUUUAACCACAAGCUGAAGGAGGCCACAGUUCAACUUAGGAGGGAUCUACCUUUGGCUGCAAUUACCUAUGUAGACGUAUAUUUAGUCAAAUACUCUCUUUACAAGGAACUCCAAAAAUAUGGGUUUGUGCAACCACUUGUUGCUGCUUGUGGCUUUGGUGGCAAGUACAACUAUAACGGUAGAACUGUUGAAUGUGGAAGAACAGUUACAGUUAAUGGAAGACAAAUAUUUGCUGGCUCAUGCAAACGUCCUUAUGUUAAAGUGAACUGGGAUGGGAUUCAUUAUACUGAGGCAGCUGCCAAGAUUGUUUUUGAUAAAAUUUCAACUGGAGCAUUUUCCGAUCUACCCCUUCCUUUGAAACAGGUCAGGAUUUUCUUAGUUCUCAUCUCCACAUCACAUCUUCUUGGUAUUUUAUUUUUCACCACUAUGGAUUCUCCCAGAAUUAAUAUCAAAGUUAUCAUUUCUCUAUUUUGCUCUUAUAUGCUUUCGUCACAUUAUAUCACCGCUUUGAGGCCAGCCCUGGCUAUAAAAGAGUGUGAAUUUCCAGCAAUCUUUAACUUCGGAGACUCAAAUUCAGAUACUGGUGGAUUGGCUGCAUCCAUUUAUCCAUCACCACCACCUUAUGGAGAAACCUAUUUUCAUAUUCCGGCUGGAAGAAUCUCGGAUGGCAGGCUCAUAAUCGAUUUUCUUGCAAAGAGUCUUGGUCACCCCUUUCUAAGCGCAUAUCUGGAUUCACUUGGGGCCAACUUCUCGCACGGUGCAAAUUUUGCCACUGGAUCUUCAACCAUCAGAUUGCCAAAUCGCAUUUUACCAGCUCCUGGUGGAUAUAGUCCCUUCACCCUCACUAUUCAAUACUCGCAGUUCUUGCAACUAAAAAACAGAUCACAACUCAUUAGGCAUCGAGGGGGAAUAUUUGCAAGUUUGAUGCCCAAGGAGGAGUAUUUUUCCAAAGCCUUGUACACAUUUGACAUUGGCCAGAAUGACCUUGGAGAAGGGUUCUUUGCCAACUUGACUAUUCAACAAGUCAAUGCAUCUGUUCCUGAUAUAAUCAGUAGCUUCUCAGCAAAUAUUAAGAAAAUAUAUGAUUUGGGAGGGAGAUCAUUUUGGAUCCACAACACUGGGCCAAUUGGCUGUCUCCCUUACAUCUUAGCCAAUUUCCCAUCUCAAAAGGAUGAGGCUGGCUGUGCAAAGUCGCACAAUGAAGUAGCUCAGCAAUUUAACCACAAGCUGAAGGAGGCUACAGUUCAACUUAGGAAAGAUUUACCUUUGGCUGCAAUUACUUAUGUAGAUGUCUAUUCAGUCAAAUACUCUCUUUACAAGGAACCUAAAAAAUAUGGGUUUGAGCUCCCACUUGUUGGUUGUUGUGGCUCUGGUGGCAAGUACAACUUUAACGGUAGAACUCUUGAUUGUGGAAGAACAGUUACAGUUAAUGGAAGACAAAUAUUUGCUGGCUCAUGCAAACGUCCUUAUGUUAAAGUGAACUGGGAUGGGAUUCAUUAUACUGAGGCAGCAGCCAAGAUUGUUUUUGAUAAAAUUUCAACUGGAGCCUUUUCCGAUCCACCCCUUCCUUUGAAACAAGCAUGUCACAGGAGUUUGGACUCAAAAACUCCACCUAGUCCUUGCACUAUAAAACAACCAUACUCUUGGAUAAUUUAUUACUUCUCAUCUGCAACAUCUUUGUGGUAUAUAUUUGCUUUCUCCACUAUGGAGUCUCCUAGAAUUCCUAUCAAAGCUAUCGUUUCUCUAUUUUGCUCUUAUAUGCUUUUGUCGCAUAUCACCACUUUGAGCCCUACCUUGGCUUUGGAAGACUCUGAAUUUCCAGCCAUCUUUAACUUUGGAGAUUCAAAUUCAGAUACUGGUGGAUUGGCUGCGUCCCUUUUGUCACCACCACCACCUUAUGGAGAGACCUAUUUUCAUAUCCCGGUUGGAAGAUUCUCAGAUGGCAGGCUCAUAAUCGAUUUUCUUGCAAGGAGUCUUGGUCACCCCUUUCUAAGCGCAUAUCUGGAUUCCCUUGGGACCAACUUCUCGUAUGGUGCAAAUUUUGCCACUGGAGGCUCCACCAUCAGAUUGCCAGAUAAACUUAUACCAGCUGCUGGUGGAUUUAGUCCCUUCUACCUCGAUAUUCAGUACACGCAGUUCAUGCAACUAAAAUCCAGAUCACAACUCAUUAGGCAUCGAGGGGGAAUAUUUGCAAGUUUGAUGCCCAAGGAGUCGUAUUUCUCCAAAGCUUUAUACACAUUUGACAUUGGCCAGAAUGACCUAACAGAAGGGUUCAUUGGUAACUUGACUGUUCAACAAGUCAAUGCAUCUGUUCCUGAUAUAAUCAGUGGGUUCUCGGCAAAUAUUAAGAAAAUAUAUGAUUUGGGAGCGAGAUCAUUUUGGAUCCACAACACUGGGCCAAUUGGCUGUCUCCCUAUCAUCUUAGCCAAUUUCCCAGCUCAAAAGGAUGAGGCUGGCUGUGCAAAGUCAUAUAAUGAAGUAGCUCAGCAUUUUAACCACAAGCUGAAGGAAGCCACAGUUCAACUUAGGAAAGAUCUACCUUUGGUUGCAAUUACUUAUGUAGACGUCUAUUCAGUCAAAUACUCUCUUUUCAAGGAACCCAAAAAAUAUGGGUUUGAGCUCCCACUUGUUGCUUAUUGUGGGUAUGGUGGCAAGUACCACUAUAACACUAGUUCUGGUUGUGGAGGAACAGCUAGAGUUAAUGGAAGCCAAAUAUUUGUUGGCUCAUGCAAAGAUCCUUCGGUGAGAGUGAAUUGGGAUGGCUGUCAUUAUACUGAGGCAGCUGCCAAGUUUAUUUCUGAUAAAAUUUCAAAUGGAGCAUUUUCUGAUCCACCCCUUGCUUUGAAACAAGCAUGUCACAAGAGUUUGGCCUAAUAAUUAAAUAAAUCAAAAAAAUUAAAUACGUACAGACAGAUGCAUGCGGGUGGAAAUUAUUUUGUAUUGGAAUAAUUGUGUUGUACCUCUGUAACUGCAGGUCCCUUGAGCCAUUUAGGUAGUAAUUUAGAAUAUCCA